UAACAGCUGAUUCCAUUAGGGAUUCAUACAAACACAAAGAAGAAAGGAUGAGGUCUUCUGGCAUCUAUAUGGUACUCUGCCUUGCAGUCACAGCCGGCUGUGUUCCCGUUUCCAAAAUAACAGAGGAAGAUGACAUUUUUGCAGAGAUUUACCUGAAGAAAUUCUUCAACCUAACAGAGGAGAAAGGUCCGUCCGCCAGGAGAGGAAUCAGCCCCAUGAGCAAAAAGCUGAGCGAGAUGCAAAAGUUCUUUGGUCUCCGGAUCACAGGGACACUGGAUGCUGACACCCUGGAGGUGAUGAAGAAGCCCCGCUGUGGUGUUCCAGAUGAAAAAGUUGCACGUUUUUCUACCUUUGGAAACAACUUAAAAUGGAAUAAAAAAAGCCUCACAUACAGGAUAGUUAACUACACCCCCGACAUUCCCAGGGCACAGGUGGACGACUCUAUUUCAAGAGCUUUUCAGGUUUGGGCCAGAGUCACCCAGCUUACAUUUAGGAGACUUAACAGUGGCACGGCUGACAUCAUGAUCAGCUUUGGUCGCCGGGCACAUGGUGAUUAUUACCCCUUUGACGGCCCUGGCAACACGCUUGCCCAUGCCUUUGCUCCUUCUUCUGGCAUUGGAGGAGAUGCCCACUUUGACGAUGACGAGAAUUUCACAUUUCAGUCAAGAAGAGGCUUCGUCCUCUUCCUGGUUGCAGCCCAUGAGUUCGGCCACUCUCUGGGUUUGGCCCACUCUAACGUUCCUGGUGCUCUGAUGUACCCUUUGUACUCAUACAGAAACCCCGACACCUUUGUUUUGCCGCAAGAUGACGUCCGAGGCAUCCAGUCGCUUUAUGGACGGAAUCGUGAGGAUCCUAUGAUAGAUGAACCUAAGCCUCCCAUUACUCCUGAUAUCUGCGACUCGUCUUUGGAACUGGAUGCUGUCACCACUAUGCAAGGAGAAAUGUUUUUCUUCAAGGACGGGUAUGUGUGGCAUAACAACUCUCAGAGCAACACACCCCAAAAAAGUCUGAUUACAAGCUUCUGGCCCGGAGCCCCAACAAGCAUCGAUGCUGCUUACGAGAACCCGAUGACUGACAGAGUCUUUUUUUUCAAAGGUUCUAAAGUAUGGGCCUUCUCUGGAAACAAGGCAGUUCAAGGAUAUCCAAAGUCCCUCUCUGAAUUUGGCCUGCCAAGGUUUCUGAGAAAAAUAGAUGCUGCUCUUCAUGACGCUCAGACUGGAAAAACCUUUUUGUUCAUUCUGGGGGGGCGCUAUUAUUUAACUUACGAUGAAAACAGGAAGACUGUGGAGUCGUUUUCCUGGGUAAGCCAGACAUUUAAUGGAAUGUCUAACAAGGUGACUGCAGCCGUCCAGAGCAGAGGUUCUACUUUCAUUUACAGCGGAGACUACAUGUACAUGUAUGACCUAGGGAGUGGACGGUUGUUACGUGUGCUGAAGAACACCUACCUGCUGGGUUGCAAUAACAUCUGAAGGCAUUAUUAUGAUAAUCUAAUGUACAGCAUGUACAGCUGGUGGUUCACAUAUAUAGUUACAUCAUAUUUAUUACAUUAAAUGUUUAUAUUUAAUUAAAACAGAAAAUGAAAAGAUAUUAACUUAAUAGAUGUUUCUGAUAGAAGACCAGUUGGUAAUCUUGUGGCCUAAUCAUUUGGCUCUAUAGAAAUAACAUGACCAUGAUGGACUAAUGAUUUUCACCUGCUGUUACAAAUCUCCAUAAUCCAAAGAAAUUGCUGCAGUGGUGAGUUUAAGAAUAUACAAUGAGAUAAACACCCCAAAGUUAGCUUUAGCGACUCAAAAAGAAAUGUACUAGUUUUUGGUUUUGCACACUUAAAAUCAAACAAGCCUCUGUAAGAAAUAUAUUCACUAUUUACAUGUUCUAAAUGGUAAAAAACCUGUCAUUUAUUUGGAUAUUGGAAGAUGUGAAAUGUAUGAAUAAAAGCUGAGAUUUUAACUGAUCAAA